AUGCCACAUGCCAACACGCCCCAGGGCCCCUUCGAUGCUGCCUCGCCGCCGGCGGCCAAGGCGGAGCGCGCAGGCAGCGGGCAGGCCCCGGGAGGCCGGGCCGCCCCGGAGGCGCGCCCCGCGGGCGCGCCCGCGGAGGCCGGCGACGAGGGCGCGGCGGGGAAGAGCUGGGCGGAGCCGCCGAGGGCGGCCAAGGGGGCGGCCACCGCCAGGAACCCCGCGCAGCGGCAGCGGUCCCUCGGCGCGCGGGCCCUCGCCAAGCUGCUGGACGAGGACGACGACGAGGACCCCGCGGAGGGCCGCGUGUCGAAGAGGGCGGUGCAGCGGCAGAAGUCCUUCUCGGAGGGCCUGGCCGGGCUGCUCGCCACGGUGGAGGGCGAGGAGCAGGGCGCUGGUCAGAGGGGCCGCCCGGAGCUCGCGGACCGGCGGGCGAUCCAGCAGAGGAAGAAGCUGAGCAGGAAGCCCGCGGGCCCGGAGGCGGGCAGCCGCCUGGGCGAGCUGCUCGCCGAGGUGGAGGGCGGCGAGGGGAGCCGAGAGCUGCGGGAGGCGGCCCGCGGCGUGCGAAAGGGCGACCGCGAGAGCCGCGUGGCCCCCGGGCCCGCGGCGCAGCCGGGCUGCCCGCCGCAGGGCGCGGCCGCCCCGCUCGUGGCGCCCAACGCCUCGCGGCAGAGGUCGACCUUGCACAUGGUGCCCGACCCCUCGCAGCACAGGCCGACGGUUCCGAGCGCAUCGGCGCCUGACUCCCCACAGCGGAGGCCGGGCGACGAGUCGCCGACCAACAGCCUGAGUCUCCUCGCGAUCCAGCAUUCGCCGCGGGGGUCCGAGUGGGGCAGCAGCUCGAAGGCUUCUACGGCCCACAAGUGGAACAUGACCUCGAAGAUGACCAAGGGCGAGCUGGUCUUGCAGGAGAUAGAGAAGGCCGAGAUCGAAGAGAGCAGCAACAGAUUCGCGACUCGCGUGUCACAAUUCUCCGUGGAGCUGGACAAGAGGGGCAAGCUCCUCAAGCACGCGAGCACCCUCGGCAGGCUGAAUCACCACGUGUCUGCAUACGGCUGCGUGGGGAAAGCAGUGGUGUCCAACCAAUUCGAUUUUGCUAUCACGAUCGUUGUGAUCCUGAACGCGCUGCUCAUAGGCGCGCAGGUGCAGCACAACGCGGUUUCGGACGAGGAGGUGUUGGCCUUCGAGAUGCUGGAGUACGGCUGCACGUUGGUCUUUACGGUGGAGCUCAUUGCGCGCCUGGCGGUGCACCGCCAGCAUUUCUUCACAUACGCAGGGGAGCGCCUGUGGAACGUGUUCGACCUCUUCCUGGUGGGCCUCUGCCUCUUCGACGCCGCCCUCACCCUGGCCUUCGGCGCCGGCAACGGCGACGCGGGCCUCGUCGGCAAGUCGCUUUUCUGGGUCCUGGUUAUCAUGGUGGGGCUCAUAUACACGAUCUCGGUCGUGCUCACGCAGGGGGCCACCGAGUACAUCAGGGACGCCCGCGCUCCCGUCGCAAGCGAUGAGUACAAGCAGGACGGAGAUCAGGAGAUCACGUUUGAAGAGUUUCUGCAAGCCCUGGAGAACCAAGAGGUACGCGACUACGUCUCCGCGCUGGAGGUCGAGAUCACCGACGCGAAGAUGUUCUUCCAGAUGCUGGACAGGGACGGCAGCGGGACCGUCGACAUCCUUGAGUUCACGAGCGGGAUGCGGAAGUUCAGAGGCGAAGCGAAGAGCGUCGACAUACACAUGAUGCUCCACCAGAACAGGCAGCUGUUCAAGCUGGUGACCGCUCUCGUGGGCACGCUGUGGGAGGAGUACCAGGACGAGGACGAGCAGAGCCUUUGAGCGGCUGUCGUUGUGGAACUCGGUUUUGCCUCGCCAUCCUCAGGGCGCGCUCGCUGCAGUGGCUGGGCGGCCUGCCCCCCUUAGAUCGGGGCGUGUUGUGUUUUUUUUUCACCGGGCGCGUGCGCCUUGUCUCGGAUCCCUCCCCCAGCCCCCGGCCC